GGGCUAAAGAGCCAGAAGUGACAUCCCAGACUUGGGCGGGUCACAUGACUCCUCCAGUCUAGCGCGUUGGCCGAGGUCGCGCUGCGGCUCCGGGCCCGGGCGAGUUCUCGCCCCCACGCGGCCGUUGCUGAGGAGACGCGCAUGUCUCCCGGCGCGUUGCCCCCCUCUGCAGUUCUCCCCGCCCCUCUUCUCCCACCACAAUGAGAUCCUAAGAUGGCGGUGGCUGCGGCGGUUGGUGCCCAGUAGCUAAGGUAGAGAAGGCGGCCAUUGCGCCUAAGGCAGCCAGGGAACUUUUGGGACCUUCCCGCUGCGGCCUCUAAGGGACAGCCGGUGCCAGUGGCAGGUCGUGGGGGCUGACCGCCACUCCGUCCUUGGCAGGAGAAGCUGCUCCGUUACAGAAAUUUGUGAAAGCUAAUAUGGCCACAGGAGGAGGCCCUUUUGAAGAAGGUAUGGAUGAUCAGGAUUUACCCAACUGGAGCAGUGAGAGUGUUGAUGAUCGACUCAACAACAUGGAUUGGGGUGGCCAACAGAAGAAGGCAAAUAGAUCAUCAGAAAAGAAUAAGAAAAAGUUUGCUGUAGACAGUGAUAAAAGGGUAACUAAUGAUAUUUCUCCGGAGUCGUCACCAGGAGUUGGAAGGCGAAGAACAAAGACUCCACAUACGUUUCCACACAGUAGAUACAUGACUCAGAUGUCUGCCCCAGAGCAGGCCGAAUUAGAGAAGCUUAAACAGCGGAUAAACUUCAGUGAUUUAGAUCAGAGAAGCAUUGGAAGUGAUUCUCAAGGUAGAGCAACAGCUGCGAACAACAAACGUCAGCUUGGUGAAAACCGGAAGCCCUUCAACUUUUUGCCUAUGCAGAUUAAUACUAACAAGAGCAAAGAUGCUGUUACAAGUCCGCAAAAGAGAGAAACAGUUGGAUCAGCACAAUGUAAAGAAUUGUUUGCUUCUGCUUUAAGUAAUGACCUUUUUCAAACUUGUCAAGUCUCUGAAGAAGAUGGGCGAGGAGAACCUGCAAUGGACAGCAGCCAGAUUGUGAGCAGACUUAUUCAAAUCCGUGACUAUAUUACUAAAGCUAGUUCCAUGCGGGAAGAUCUUGUGGAGAAAAAUGAAAGAUCUGCUAAUGUUGAACGCCUUACUCAUCUGAUAGAUCACCUUAAAGAACAGGAAAAGUCAUAUAUGAAAUUUCUCCAAAAAAUCCUGGCCAGAGAUCCUCACCUGGAACCUAUAGAAGAGAUAGAAAAUUUGAAAAAACAGCAUGAUUUAUUAAAAAGGAUGUUACAGCAGCAGGAACAACUGAGAGCUCUGCAGGGACGACAGGCUGCUCUUCUAGCUCUGCAGCAUAAAGCAGAGCAGGCCAUUGCUGUGAUGGACGAUUCUGUUGUUGCAGAAACUACAGGUAGUUUAUCUGGAGUCAGUAUCACGUCUGAGCUAAAUGAAGAAUUGAAUGAUUUAAUUCAACGUUUUCAUAAUCAGCUUCGUGAUGGUCAGCCUCCAGCUGUUCCGGACAACAGACGACAAGCAGAAAGUCUGUCAUUAACUAGAGAAGUUUCCCAAAGCAGGAAUCCAUCCGUUUCAGAACAUUUACCGGAGGAGAAGGUCCAACUUUUUAGCAAAAUGAGAGUGCUACAGGAAAAAAAACAAAAGAUGGACAAAUUGCUUGGAGAACUUCAUACACUUCGAGAUCAGCAUCUAAACAAUUCAUCAUUUGUGCCUUCUUCAGCAUCUCAAAGGAACGGGGACCAGAGAGGUACAACUUCGGCUUGCUCAGCUCCUGCAGGCUUAGCACCGGUUGUCAAUGGAGAAUCCAAUAGUCUUACACCAUCUGUUCCUUAUCCUGCUGCUUCUCUGGUUUCUCAAAAUGAGAGUGAAAACGAUGGCCAUCUAAAUCCAACGGAAAAACUCCAGAAGUUAAAUGAAGUUCGAAAGAGAUUGAAUGAGCUAAGAGAAUUAGUUCAUUAUUAUGAACAAACAUCAGAUAUGAUGACAGAUGCUGUAAACGAAAACACAAAAGACGAAGAAACUGAAGAAUCAGAAUAUGAUUCUGAGCAUGAAAAUUCAGAACCUGUUACUAACAUUCGAAAUUCACAGGUAGCUGCUACCUGGAAUGAAGUGAGCAGCAACAGUAAUGUACAAUGUGUUUCUAAUAAUAGAGAUGGGAGGUCAGUUAAUUCUAAUUGUGAAAUUAACAACAGAUCUGCUGCCAACAUAAGGACGAUAAACAUGCCUCCUCCUUUAGCAGACUGUAGAUAUAAUAGAGAACAGGGGAUGCAUGUUGUACAAGGUGAAGAUGAUGACGAAGAGGAGGAGGAAGCGGAAGAGGAGGGAGCUAGUGGAGCUUCAUUAUCUAGUCACAGGAGCAGUCUGGUUGAUGAGCCUCCAGAAGAUGCUGAAUUUGAGCAGAAGAUCAAUAGACUUAUGGCUGCAAAACAGAAACUUAGGCAGUUACAAGAUCUCGUUGCUAUGGUACAGGAGGAUGAAGCAGCUCAAGGAGUUAUCUCUGCCAAUACUUCAAAUGUGGAUGACUUUUACCCCGCAGAAGAAGACACCAAGCACAAUUCCAAUAACACCAGAGGAAAUGCCAACAACACACAGAAAGAUGCUGGAGCAAAUGAAAAGGCCAGAGAGAAAUUUUAUGAGGCUAAACUGCAGCAGCAACAGAGAGAACUAAAGCAGUUGCAGGAAGAAAGAAAGAAACUCAUUGAGAUUCAAGAAAAAAUUCAAGCACUACAAAAGGCAUGUCCUGACCUACAGCUGUCAGCUUCUAGUGUGGGUAAUUGCCCCACAAAAAAAUACAUGCCAACUGUUACUUCAACACCAAUUGUUAAUGAAAAUGAGACCAGUAUAAACAAAUCUGGCUUUGAGGCUGAAGAUGCUUCAGUAGGAGAUAAUGAGUUGUGGUCAGAAAUGCGAAGACAUGAAAUGUUAAGGGAAGAGCUGCGGCAGAGAAGAAAACAGCUUGAAGCUCUGAUGGCUGAGCAUCAGAGGAGGCAAGGUCUAGCUGAAACCACAUCUCCAGUGGCUGUGUCAUUGAGAAGUGAUGGAUCGGAGAAUGUGUGUACUCCUCAGCAAAGUAGAACAGAGAAAACAAUGGCAACUUGGGGAGGUUCCACCCAGUGUGCACUAGAUGAAGAAGGGGAGGAAGAUGGAUACCUUUCUGAAGCAGUUGUUCGGACAGAUGAAGAGGAGGAGGAGGAAGAACAAGAUGCCAGUUCCAACGAUAACUUUACUGUGUAUCCUCCCAAUAGUGUCAACCGUAAUUCCUAUAAUGUAAAGGAACCUAAAAAUAGAUGGAAGAACAGUCGGCCCUUUUCAGCAGAUGGAAAUUAUCGUCCUUUAGCCAAGACACGGCAACAGAAUAUCAGCACGCAGCGGCAAGAGAAUCUCCGCUGGGUGUCAGAGCUGUCUUAUGUGGAAGAGAAAGAACAGUGGCAAGAACAAAUUAAUCAGCUGAAAAAACAGCUCGAGUUCAGUGUCAAUAUUUGUCAGACUUUGAUGCAAGACCAGCAGACUCUGUCUUGUCUGCUACAAACUCUUCUGACAGGUCCUUACAGUGUAAUGCCCAGUAAUGUUGCUUCUCCUCAAGUACACCUUAUAAUGCACCAGUUAAACCAGUGCUAUACUCAGCUAACAUGGCAGCAGAAUAAUGUUCAGAGGUUAAAACAAAUGUUAAACGAGCUUAUGCACCAGCAGAAUCAGCACGCAGAGAAGCGAGGAAGCAAAGACGGAGGCAGCAGUGUACCACAUCCUCCUUCUCCCAGCUUAUUUUGUCCUUUUAGUUUUCCAGCACAGCCUGUAAAUCUAUUUAAUUUACCCGGGUUUACCAACUUUCCAUCGUUUACACCAGGUAUGAAUUUCAGUCCAUUAUUUCCUUCUAAUUUUGGAGAUUUCCCGCAGAAUAUUUCUACACCUGCCCAACAGCAGCAGCCGUUAGCCCAGAAUCCUUCAGGGAAAACAGAGUAUAUGGCUUUUCCAAAACCUUUUGAAAGCAGCUCUUCAGUUGGAGCAGAAAAACAAAGGAGUCAAAAGCAGUCAGAAGAAGAAAUGGAAAACAGUAGGACACCAUGGUUGUGUGAUCAAGAAAGGGAAGUAGAGAAACCAUUUGUUAAGACUGGAUUUGCAGUGCCUGUAGAAAAAGCUACAAAUAGUAACCGCAAAAGUCAAUUAGAUACAAGCAGGAGAAGACACCAGUUUGAUGAAGAGUCAUUGGAAAGCUUUAGCAGCAUGCCUGACCCAGUAGAUCCAACAACAGUAACCAAGACUUUCAAAACGAGAAAAGCGUCUGCACAGGCCAGCCUAGCAUCUAAAGAUAGAACUCCCAAGUCAAAGAGUAAGAAGAGGAAUUCUGCUCAGCUCAAAAGCAGAGCUAAAAAUAUUGGGUAUGAAAGUGCCAGUAUGUCUAGCACAUGUGAACCUUGCAAAAAUAGGAACAGACAUUCAGCCCAGACUGAAGAGCCUGUUCACGCCAAAGUAUUCAGCAGAAAGAAUCAUGAGCAGCUGGAAAAAAUAAUAAAAUAUAGUAGGUCUGCAGAAAUAUCUUCAGCACAUGCUAGGAGAGUACUACAGCAGUGUAACAGAAAUGCAUGCAGUGAAGUGCCAGAAACUGGCAGCGAUUUUUCCAUGUUUGAAGCUUUACGGGAUACCAUUUAUUCUGAAGUAGCUACAUUAAUUUCUCAAAAUGAAUCUCGGCCACAUUUUCUUAUUGAACUUUUCCAUGAGCUUCAACUGCUUAAUACAGACUACUUGAGACAGAGGGCUUUAUAUGCACUGCAGGACAUAUUAUCCAGACAUGUUUCUGCGAGCCAUGAAAAAGAAGGGGGAAAUGUCAAGUCGGUGAACUCUGGCACUUGGAUAGCAUCCAACUCAGAACUGACGCCCAGUGAAAGCCUUGCCACUACUGAUGAUGAAACUUUUGAGAAGAAUUUUGAAAGAGAAACACAUAAAAUAAGUGAGCAAAACGAUGCUGAUAAUGCUAGUGUCAUUUCUGUAUCUUCAAAUUUUGAACCUUUUGCAACAGAUGAUCUAGGUAACACUGUGAUUCACUUAGAUCAAGCAUUAGCCAGAAUGAGAGAAUACGAGCGUGUAAAGACUGAAGUUGAAAGUAACUCAGAUGUGAGAUGCCCCUGCAGGAUUGAGGAUGAAGAUGGGGCUGUUGCCACUAACACAGUUAGUAAUCUAGAAGAGACUCCCAAUGUUGAGAAUCAUAGUUCACAGCAGCCUGUGAGUGAUGUUUCAGCCAUCCCAUGUCCUAGAAUUGAUACUCAACAGCUGGAUCGACAAAUUAAAGCAAUUAUGAAAGAAGUCAUUCCUUUUUUGAAGGAACACAUGGAUGAAGUAUGCUCUUCUCAACUUCUUACUUCAGUAAGACGCAUGGUUUUGACCCUUACCCAGCAAAAUGAUGAGAGCAAGGAGUUUGUAAAGUUUUUUCAUAAGCAGCUUGGAAGCAUAUUACAGGAUUCACUUGCAAAAUUUGCUGGCAGAAAACUGAAAGACUGUGGAGAAGAUCUUCUUGUAGAGAUAUCUGAAGUGUUAUUUAAUGAGUUAGCUUUCUUUAAACUCAUGCAAGAUUUGGACAAUAAUAGUAUAAGUGUUAAACAGAGAUGCAAAAGGAAAAUAGAAGCAGCUGAAGUGAUACAGUCUUAUGCCAAAGAGGCCAAAAGGAUUCUUGAAGGAGAACAUGGGUUGCCUGCUGGAGAAAUUGAUGAUGAAGAUAAAGAUAAGGAUGAGACUGAAACAGUAAAGCCACCUCAGACAUCUGAGUUGUAUGGUGAUGAAGGUCCCCAAAAUGUAAGGUCUGAUGUUUCUGAUCAAGACGACGACGAAGAAGGUGAAGGCUGCCCAGUGUCCAUCAAUUUGUCUAAAGCUGAAACUCAAGCUUUAACUAAUUAUGGAAGUGGAGAAGAUGAAAAUGAGGACGAAGUGGAAGAAUUUGAAGAGAGCCCUGUGGAUGUCCAGACUUCGCUCCAGGCCAACACUGACGCUGCAGAAGAGAGUGAACAUGGCUCUCAGGUUCUACAAAAUGACUUUGAAAAAACAGAGAGCACAGAUGUCCCAUCAGAACAAGAAACUUCUAAUAAAGAUGACCAAGAUAGCUCUCUUGUGAAACCCUGUUACCUCAACAUCUUGGAAAAUGAGCAACCUUUGCAUAGUGCCGCUCCUCAGGACCCACCACCUACUGUUGAUUCAUCACAACAGCCCAGUCCUUUGCCCUUACCUUUGACUGAAAUGGAAACCCUGGGGCCUCGAGUCAAAGAAACGAAAUCUGCUCAGGAAACUCCUGAGAGCUCUCUUGCUGGAAGUCCUGAUACUGAAUCCCCCGUGUUAGUGAAUGACUACGAAGCAGAAUCUGGUAACAUAAGUCAGAAGUCUGAUGAAGAAGACUUUGUGAAAGUUGAGGAUUUACCACUUAAACUGACAAUCUAUUCAGAGGCAGAUCUAAGGAAAAAAAUGGUAGAAGAAGAACAGAAGCACCAUUUACCUGGUGAAAUAUGUGAAAUGCACACUGAAGAGUUAGCUGGAAGUUCUCAGAUGCUCAAAGAACCAGAAACAGUGGGAGCCCAAAGCAUAUGAAGGGUCUUCAGAGGCUCAUCAAGCUCCUGUCUUUAUAUAGUGCAUAUAUGAAAAUGACACUAAAUAAACAUCUGCUUUGAUCUGUAUAAAAUGUAAAUUAGUUUGACACUGCAUUUUUGAUAGGUGUGCUAAUUUCUGCCCAUGGCAGUUUUAAAACAUUAGAAGCUGAAUUCUGAACAGAUUCAAAUUUUGAUUCACUGUGGGUUUUUUUUUCCUGUUUCUUUUUUAGUCUUGCUUUUAUCCCCCCAUUGUGAUGUUUGAUAACAUUAAAUUUAAGAUGUAGUUUUAAAUAAAGUUUGGACUUAACUGUAAAGUAC